AUGCGAAUUUCCCUUUCAGAAUACUCGUCGGAUUACGAUCUAUCAUUUACAACAUCAGAAAUCAGAACAUUCUCAAAGCGAAAACUAUAUGAAAACCUUCGUGCCGUCACUGUUGCUUUCUGGAUGAGGACAGACGACCAGGAAAAUGCCGGCACUCCACUUUCAUAUUCAGUGAAACAGGGUCAAUAUGUUCAAGAGAAUGGCUUGGUUGUUCAGGAUUAUGGAAGCCUAACCAUUCAAAUAAACAACCAAACUGGUUACAUUGCUGACCGAAUCAACGACGGACGAUGGCAUCAUGUUGCGGUCACGUGGCAGAGUAGUAAUGGUAUAUGGGUGUACUAUCGUGACGGCAAGGAAAUUAGGCGCGCAUCAAGCCCGAUUGCCAAAGGCGAUUACAUCAGGGCCGGAGGCCACUUCGUGCUUGGUCAGGAACAAGAUUGGGAGGCAGAUGAAGACCAAUUUACAUAUAAUCCUUAUGAAGCAUUCCUUGGUGGUAUGAGUCAAAUGACCGUCUACAACACCGUAUUGUCCGCACAGGACAUUUAUAAUCUUGCCGGAAGCUGCAUGAAUUCCAGGAAUGAUGCUGUGGUUAUUUCGUGGGCCGAUUUUGUUCCUGAACUGACUGGUGAAUUUAGGAAGACCCCAAAGUCCUAUGCCUGUGAUGUCUCUUCUUUACUUCGUCAAUUCGUGACCGUGUACAAUGCCAAACUACCAUCAAACGACCACAAGACAUUGCACGGGGUCUCACCGGAAGAUUGUGCAGUGAAAUGUACACAAGAAACUGGAUUUCCAUGCAGAUCAUUCGAUUACCACAGUUCUUCAAAGAAAUGUUACCUCAGUCAAUCGUAUCGUCAUAAUGUUGCCGCAUCACAUCCAGAUAAUACUGGACACGACUACUAUGAAUUGAAUUGUGUUGAAAUGCUUGGUGUGGAAGACAACGUCAUCUCAGAUGCACAAAUGAGUGCAAGUUCUGCACGUUCAUCACUCAGUAGUGCCAAAAAUGCUCGAGCCAAUGGAGUGAAAGCACAAAAUAUCAAAGGAGUUCCUGAUAGUGAUGGCGGAUGGAUACCCAGCUCCUUUAAUCACGGUCAAUAUCUUCAAAUUGAUCUUGGAAAAAAAAAGAUAAUUACUGGAGUGGAGACACAAGGGGCUGAUGGUCAUGAUUACUGGGUGAAAACGUAUCAAGUACAAUACAGUUCUAAUGGACACACGUGGAAAACAUCACCCCAGACUUUCACUGGCAAUUCAGACAACAAAGGUCGAAAGAAAAAUGAAGUAAAUAUCGUUGCUCGAUUCAUUAGAUUCAAACCUUUGACUUGGCAUAAUGGAAUUGGAAUGAGGGUUGAAGUUUAUGGUUGCUCUCUUGAACAUGAAGGAACUCCUUCGGAUGGAGCUAGUGUCUCCGCAUCUCAUUCAGGUUCAUGUUCCCCCAAUCCUUGUCGUAAUUCUGCUCAAUGCACUGAGAUUCCUUAUGGAUACGCAUGUAAAUGUCUCUCAGGGUACACAGGCCAUAACUGUCAAACAGAACUCGCUUGUAAUGAUCCAGGAACUCCAGUGAAUGGUCAUCGCAGUGGAUCAAAUUUCAUGGCUGGCAUUACUAUUCAGUAUUCAUGUAAAUCUGGAUACAAAAUUGUGGGACAUUCCAGCAUAACCUGUUCAAGGGGAAGAUGGUCUGGAAAAACUCCGAUAUGCGAGAACAUAAACGAGUGUACAUCAAUGACAUCAGGAUGUAACCAUCGUUGCACUGACCUCCCGGGUUCUUUCAAAUGUUCCUGUGUCGCUGGAUACCGGCUGAGUGGCAAUGGGAAGACUUGUCAAGACAUCAAUGAAUGUAUAGAGAAUGUCUGUAGUCAUGGUUGCAUCAACAGUGCAGGAUCGUUUCGAUGCACAUGUCCUCACGGAAUGGUAUUACGUGGUUCGGGAACAAGAUGCGAAGAUAAGAACGAAUGUGAUACCAACAAUGGUGGUUGCGCUCAUCACUGUCUCAACACAUACCUUGGUCGUAAAUGCUACUGCAAACAUGGAUUCGUUCUGCAGAAUGACGGCGUCUCGUGUACAGAGGCCAGUUGUUCCAAUCCAGUUCAUCCACAUAAUGGUAAAUACUCAAUAAAUGGUGCUUCUGUCUUUGGAAACUCUGUCUCAUUCAGUUGUAAUGAUGGAUUCAAACUGGUUGGCUCGGAUGAGAGGAUUUGCAUGGCAGAUAGAACAUGGUCUGGGGUUCAGCCUCUGUGUAAACCUGUAAGAUGCGCAGACGUAGGUACUGUUGACCACGCACACUUGCAGCAAACUGGCAAUGGUUAUAAUAGUCGCGUGACAUUCACAUGUGGUUCAUCGUACCGUCUGCUUGGAGUCUCAACGAGAACAUGUGGCAAGACAAGCAACUGGAGUGGCUCGCAGCCUCUUUGCGUGCCGAACUACUGUCCAGCGCUUCAAGCACCAGUACACGGUAGGAUAAAUGGUUUCCGGUCAGAACUUGGUGCUACCGUUGGUAUUGCUUGUGAUGUUGGUUAUGCAGUCAAGGGAACAUCUUUUAGAACUUGUGAACAGACAAGAAGGUGGUCCGGAUCUCAUCCUACCUGUGAAUUGGUGGAUUGUGGAAAUCCAGGCGAACCACAACAUGGUUAUCGUCAUGGUAAUAAUUACAAAUAUGACUCAAUCAUCAACUUCAGCUGUAAAAACCGGCAUCACCUGGAAGGUGCCAACGCAAUAAAAUGUGAAGCCAAUGGAAAAUGGAGUGCACCGUUACCAAAGUGCUUGGCUCGAUCGUGUGGUAAUCCAGGUGUCCCAUACAAUGGAUUCAAACAUGGUGAUACACACACAUAUGGCAAGAAGGUGUCCUACACAUGCCAACAAGGCUAUACACUGGUGGGUGAUCGCGAAAGGACAUGUGAACAGAGUACAGCAAAAUGGACCGGGUCUUUACCCUCUUGCAAUUUGGUGAACUGUGGUGAGAUUCCUGCACCAGCAAACGGCUACAGAGUUGGAUCAUUGUAUACAUAUGACAAAGUACUAGCAUUUGAUUGUAAUCCUGGAUACAAGUUAGUUGGAACACAGUACAGGAAAUGUCAGGAAAAUGGUUUAUGGAGUGGAUCGGCACCUACCUGCGUGGCUACAUCUUGCGGCUCUUUCAAACACGGUCCUUCUGGUGAAAUCGAGUCCCCUAACUUCCCAUCACCCUACGACAACGAUUUGUAUUGUACCUGGAAAAUUACGGUCCCCACCGGCAAGAAAGUUCGUAUUGAAUUUUCCGAGUUCAAGACUGAAGCUGGCAAAGAUUUCUUGUACAUCUUUGAUACUGACAAAACUGAACCCAUUCUGGAGUUUUCAGGGGUGGGGUAUAAACCUCGUGCCAUCACCUCGUCUGGUAAAAGCAUGAGGAUAAGAUUUGUUUCGAACAGCGCUACAGCAAGCAAUGGAUUCCGUCUGACAUAUUCACAAGUUGAUUGUGGUGGAAUGCUCACUGCACCAGUAGGUGCUAUAACAAGUCCUGGUUUCAAGGGUCAAUACCCCAGCAAUCGUGAUUGUAUCUGGCUGAUCCAUAUGCCUGGAAAACAAAUUGACUUGUCAUUUUCCCACUUUAACACACAGCAGAGUUACGACCGCGUGGAAAUCUAUCGUGGGCCAAAGAGUACUGAUAAACGACUGGUGAAUUUAAGUGGCAUAUUACUUCCGCAAGGCAAAUUUGUCUCAACCUAUUAUAUGUAUCUUAGAUUCACGACAAACGCACAAAAUGACCGGAAAUACUAUGGAUUCAAAGCAAAUUAUUUGGAAUAUUUGUAUUAGGCGGCAUACUAUCUAAUAAAUGACAUUGUUUUAG